CCGCACGUGUCUGCGUGAGUCUCGGAGCAGCGAGGGCGCAGCAGCAUGUUCGGUAGCCGGAGCAGUCUUCUCUUCCUGGACACAGCAGAGAACUGCUGGCAGGACCCACCAUCCCUGGCAGCGGUGGAAGCAUCCUGGGAUGUUGCAGAGAUGGCAGCUCUGUGGAAAGCUGCAGAUGAUGACUUGGACCUGAGCCACCUGGAGGAGGAGGAUAGUGUGGAGCAGCUGGCUGUGCAGGACCCAGAGCUGGAGGCCAUCAAAGCCAGAGUGCAGGAAAUGGAGGAAGAGAAUGAGAGGCCGAUGGAGUUGGAGCUGGGUGCUGAGAACUGCCUCAUGGAGAGCUCGGAGACAGAUUUCUUCCUGAAGAUGGAGGCUGACCAGCGAUCCAUCUACGUGGGCAAUGUGGACUAUGGGAGCACAGCAGAAGAGCUGGAGUUUCACUUCAACAGCUGUGGGGAGAUCAAGCGAGUAACCAUCCUCUGUGACAAGUUCUCAGGACACCCCAAAGGGUAUGCCUACAUUGAGUUUGAAGAGAAGAGCUCUGUUAAGGCUGCGGUGGAGCUGGAUGGCAGUGUGUUCAGAGGCCGUGUCAUUAAGGUGCUGCCCAAGAGGACCAAUAUGCCGGGAUUAAGCACCACUGACCGUGGGGGCUACCGGGGCCACUUCCAAUCCCGAGGAGGGCUGGCCCAGUGGGGAAGCUACUACAGAGGGCAGCAGGCAAGGAUGCGAGGGAGGAUGUACAGAGGUCGGCAAAGGCUGCUGCCUUGGUAUUUCCCAUACUAGAAAGGACUGGACCGCCCUGGUGAUGCUGACGGAACUGAAAUGAGGAGAUGGGAUUGGAGAGAUUUAAAAAUACACCCACCCAAGCCAAUAAAGAUUAAUUUUAAACAGCCAUCUGCCUGGCCGUGAGGAUUACUGGUAACACAGCCACGUCAGGCUUUUUCUAGGGCUUUAAACUUUCCAUUUAGUAGCUUUGUAAAUUCCUGAGACUUAAUUUUUAACAAAAACUACUUUGGGAUGGUUGGACUUUCUUGUGGAAGAGAAAAUACUGAGCUCCUUUCUCUGUGAGUGUAAAGACAGACUUUUAUGUGAAAACCUUUUGAUGUAUCAGUGUACAGCUGUGCCUUGUUUAGAUGGUGGGAGAUGCUUGAAUGCUUUCUUGUUCCAUUAUUUGACAAAUUGUUGUUGAUUAAAUGUAUUUAAGUUGUUUGAGAAGGUAUUGUAAAUGUCACUUAUUUUUAAAAUAAAUGAUCCUACUGUGUGAACUUCAUCUGCAGUGAGACUGCUGG